GACGGCGAAGAUCAUGAAUCGGCAGGCAAUCUUAAUAUACAUUAUUUUGGCGUUAAACAUUGAAAGAAAUGAAGUUUAUGCUGAAAUUUGUACGAACAAAGUGUGUGUCUAUAAAUUCGUUGUUCGAGAGACGCGUACUAUGAUGUUUACUGCAAACAAUCCAUCCGGUGGACAAGCUUCAUACCCUGUACGUAUUUCAAGAAAUGGCAGUCUAUCACUUUUACCAACGACAUUUAACAGAUAUGUCCCCGAUGUGUCUGUCCCAGUCAGUGAAGUACAUACAGCAGACGGCCAUACAAGGACCAUCAUCACAGUCAACGACCAGUUCCCAGGUCCAGCCAUUGAAGUCAUGGAAGGAGCACAGGUCGCUGUGAACGUAGUGAAUGAAAUGCAGGAAYCAAGUCUUACAAUUCAUUUUCAUGGUAUGCAUAUGAAAAACAAUCCAUGGAUGGAUGGGACAGCUUAUAUUUCUCAGUGUCCAGUGCGUCCUAAGGAAAGCUUCCAGUACAGAUUUAUAGCAACCCCAGCAGGAACCCAUUGGUAUCAUUCACAUUUUGAAGGGCAGAGAGCAGAUGGAUUAUUUGGGCCUUUGAUAGUUCAUAGGUCUAAACCUUCCAUUCAGUACAUGACGCUGAUGAUCAAUGAUUGGUACUCAAUGCCUGCAAAGGAAAUCUUGUUAAGAAGUCCUUUUUUUUUACCAAAGGGAGGCAUUGGAGAUAUAAUGGAUGAUCCUGUCACAAGAAGUUACAUAUUUGAUGGGACAGAAACGUCUGCGUUACGCUACUGGUCUGGUCUUAUCAAUGGACGAGGACGACAUGGUAACAACACGUCACCACUCAGUGUUUUUAAUGUCAAAUCUGGACAGAAAUAUCGGAUUCAUCUAAUAUUUUCUAGUCUGGAAUAUAAUUAUAGGUUUUCCAUCGAUGAACAUGAGUUCACAGUGGUAGAGACUGAUGGAUACCCGGUAAAACCUGUUCGAGUCGAAUCCCUUCUUGGCUUCAUGGGCGAAAGAUUCGUCGUGGAGUUUACUGCAAACCAAAGCGUUAAAAAGUAUUGGAUUCGAGCAAAGGUGGUGAGAACUGGACUCGGCAAACAUCCUGAGCCUGAUGGAAAAAAUGAAGAGACUCUGGCUAUUCUACAGUACGAAGGAGCAAAUGGUGGAGAACCCGAGACGAGUCCUAUAAACUGUACAGAAAGCAAGCCUUGCCAUGUACUAAACUGCCCUUGGACAAAUUAUCAUAAAGAAUGGCAUCCUAAUCGUCAAUGCAUUCCCAUUUCUGACCUGAGGCUCGACACGAAUCUAUUCGAAGAUGAAGUCAAUCUUAAUACACCCAAUAACCAAAUUUUUGAAAUAUUUUUAAACUCCGGGUUUCCCAUUGGGAGUUCAAUUAAUAAACUUAGAAAUGUUAUGCCAAGAGCGCCAUUGUUUCAAGAGUCUAGUACCUGGGGAAACCAACCAUGUGCAGUUGAUUGUAAUGAUAAAGGCUGCUUAUGUACGCACGUGAUCGAUCUACCACCCAAUAGGACUAUACAGAUGGUACUGUCUUCGAAUUCUUUGGCAUUGACGGAAAAGAAUGGAACGAUCAAUGAUAUCACGACUAUGCAUCAUCCAGUUCAUAUACACGGACACAGCUUUCAGGUGCUCAAAAUAGGAUUUCCAAUCGCCAAUUCUAAAACUGGAAGGAUCGAAAAACAAAAUCCAGAUUUGAUUUGUGAAAAUGAAGCCUGCAGUAAACAAAGAUGGGCAGAAGGACAACCCACAGGUUUGAACUUCGACAACCCUCCAAUAAAAGAUACUGUAAAUGUCCCUGCUUCUGGAUACGUGGUGAUAAGGUUCAAGAGUGAUAAUCCAGGAUACUGGUUCUUGCACUGUCAUCAGUUGCUACACAAUAUCGAAGGGAUGUCCCUAAUAUUGAAUGAAUCCCAUGCAAGUCUACCUCCUCCACCUACUAACUUCACAACGUGCGGGGAAUUUAGUAUGGACAGUCGCGAGUUUGAAAUGAUGCUUGAGAGGAACAAACAGUGUGCUUCAAAAGAAUGUGGCGAUAACAAUGAUAGUACAAGUAAAGCUUUUCGUACGGUCUUAGUGUGGACGUGGAAUUUUCCAGUCGUCGCAGCUUUUUUAACAUGUGCAAUCCAGUUUCAUUUGUGAGAAGAACAACAAACUCUGACCUUUGGGCUUCCUGUGAAAUUCUCGAUAUGAAAAUAUAGACUGGGAACUAGGUCUCAGUUCUACUCUGCUUACUUGGAACGCCUGUCUAAAUUCAACUCAUUCGUUUGUCUUUUCUUCUUCUUCUUGUUCUUCUUCUCUUUGUUAUCCUUUUCCUUGUGUUGUUCUUCUUGUCGUACUCUAAUUUUCUUCACAUGCUUGACCUAUACUUCAUGAUGAGUCAACCUUUAAUCUCAUUAGUUUAAGUCUGAGACUGUCAAGUCGAUGAUGAAACGCUGUUUCUGAACACUAAUUCUUCUUUCUUUCUUAUGACUUUUAAGUGAUAGAUUAUUUUUCCUUAUAUGAUCGACUUUGUCGAAGUGAUUACAAGAACUUAUCUUGACUAAGGAUUAAGUUAAAACUUAUCUUUCUUUCCUCCUCGUAUUUGUAACCUUUAACUGUAUUUUUCCUUAUCUUUAUGUGUUGUCCUGUGCAUGUUUUAAACUCUCACUUAAAUUUCUUUUUACCUAAGAUGUUUUUCAUGCCUUUAUAUUGUUCCUCCAAAGUCUUGUUAUCUCUGUCUUUCUUGAGGAUUGAUAGAAGUAAGAUUAUAUUACCAGUUAAUGAUGACAAACACUGCGCAAAUAUGAGACAGCUUGCUGUCGAGGAUCAAGACAGUGUCUGAAACUGGUAUAGAAUGUAUGUAGAAAUGAUGUUAGUAAGGGUUGUAGUUGAAAUGAGUAUGAAUGAACUGCUGAAGUUCUGGGAUUUCGCCUCCUGUCGGUGAAAAAAUCCAGGCAAUUCAAUUCCUCCAAACCCUGCCAUAACCAAUGAGCUUUGAUCAGGUAUUUUGAAAUCAGAAAAUAAUUAUCUUAGCUGGAAAUUAAAAUAAGUAAAACUGUGAAAUUUGAAGAAAAUAAGUUUAAAACUAAAGAUAUAAUUUUUGAAUAGCAUUAAUUUUGUAAGAAAACCUCUGCUGUAGCCAAAAGAUGCCUCCAACAAAUGUUUUUAUAUGAAAUUCUGAUAUUUGAAAAUUCCUAUUUUCACGAUUUUUGUACUUAGUUGCUUCAAACUUCACAAUUUUGCUAAUAUCAGAGCCCCUCAAGGAUCCCCCUUCAGGGCUCUCAUUUUAACAUGCUCUUUCUUGGCAUCUGUAGUAGCUAUUUUUUUGUCCUUAAGGUUUGGAGUUGCCUGGGUCUCAGAAAAUUAAAAAAGUGCUUGAAAUAUUCUGCAAAUUUUGAAAGUGUUUUUUAGUUUUAAUUAUUCUCAUAAUGAAGUUAGAAAUUCAAAUCAUGUGCCAAUUGACCCCUUGCAGUACGUUGGAAUAUGCAGCUCAAUCUGGGGGACAAAACAAUAGGUUCCAAUUCUCAGGAGAUUGGAAUUCUUUCGUUUUGUCCCCCAGAUCAAGCUGCUUCGACGUUACAUGCAAGGGAUCUAUACUGGAAUCAAAAAAAAAAAAAAGAAAAAAAAAGAAGAAAAUCAUUGGUACAGUUUUUCAACGUGUUGACUUCUAAGCUAGUGAUAGUUCAAGGGACUAUAGGUAGCAGUUUUCUGUUUAUUAAGGGACUAUAGUUCCCCAGAAUAUAACAAACCCUUUAUGCAAAAUAAAAAACAAAGGAUUUUGCACUA